UCCUGUUCCUAACUGUCUAUCAGUCAAAAUUUGUGUCCAUGUCCAAUCUGUUUGCACUCCAAAUCUGCUGAGAUUUUUUUAGGCUAACAUGGGGGGCUCACAGCAUUUCAAAUCUCUUAUAAAAACACUUAGUAGGCAGUUCGUUUUUUUUUUUUUUUUUUUGGUUAUUGUGCUCAGGUCAUUUUGUUCAUUUUUGUGAAUUGUCACUUUUAUCUCGACAGAGCCACCCUCCCUGUCCCUGUGGUCAUGCAGUGAGGUAUCCGAAGGCUUUCAGGUCAGGGCUGUCCAUAGAAGAAAAGAAUCUUAGCAGAGAAGAGCAGACAAUUGGAAACUGGAGAGAAGCGUUUUUCACGGAGCAUGGCCUCAGCCAACGGCGACAGCACCGAUGAGCGACUGGUACGCAUUAAACAAGAGGACUGCGAGUGGGAGACAUUAGCAGGUUUGCACCUAAAGCCGGCAGAUGCUGAAGGUGGAACUUCAGUUUUUAAGGUGGAAGAGUGUGAGGGGGAAAUUGUUCAGGUUAAAGCUGAGGAGUCCGAAGAUUUGCCAAAUCAUGAAAGUGGAAAUCUUUUCAAGCAAGACAUUUCUGAAGAGUCCCAUUCCAGGUCACAGCCCCAGUUCACUAAUACAGGGCCACGGGCUGCACAGCCGAAUUCUAUGGAAGUGAAGUCUGAGUGUGAAGAGAAAGUCGUUCAAAAAUUUGGAAGAGAAAGAGAAGAGCAGCUGGCAACUCCAAAUUUCCAGCAUAAUGGCAGCUUCCCCCCAUCUACAUUUGCGGAGACUUCCCUUCAGUGCCGACUGCAAAACCAACAGUGCAAGGAGAAGAGAAAGAAAUCAACAAGAGGAUCAGAGAAUUUGACAGCAGAUCCUUUGCAUUUCAGUUCUAUUUCCACAACAGAAACCAUCAAUACUGACCAACAACUAGUGAGCAACACAGAUCAAGAGGCUCUGUGUGCUGGCCAAGAGUGUAGACAAUCUUAUAUAAACAAACCUGAAUGCAAAGAUCUCAAGUCAUUUCAUACGAGACCAACGCCAUAUUGCUGUUCUGAGUGUGGCAAACAAUUCCUCCAGAACAACAAGCUUCAGAAACACAUCAGAAUUCAUACUGGAGAAAAACCUCAUUGCUGUUCUGAAUGUGGCAAACAAUUUUCUGACAUUUACAACCUCCAAAGACAUAUAAAAAUCCACACUGGAGAAAAGCCUUACAGCUGUGCUGAUUGUGGGAAAAGAUUCAUCAAGAGUAGCCAUCUUCACAACCACGCAAGAAUUCACACAGGAGAGAAGCCAUAUUGCUGUUCUGAAUGUGGGAAAAGAUUCAUUGAGAGCAGCCAUCUUCAGAAGCACAAAAGAAUUCAUACAGGAGAAAAACGUCAUUGCUGCUCAUAA